CUCUGGAAGAGAAGCGAGACGAUAAGGGAAGGCUGUUCAUUAAGGUAGCUUACGUUAGCCGUUAGACGUAUGUAGUCCUUCUACAUUACUUGUAGUUUGAUAUGAUAUUAACGUUUUAGUAAAAUUAAUCUUUGCUACAUCCGGUUGAAGUAUAUGGAUUGCCAGAAGUCGACGUGUCUUUGAACGGAGUUCCAGGUAACGUUACGAGAAUGCCAUUACAUGGAAAAAUUGUCGUGGUUAAGAGGAGUGGAGUGGAUGGGACUGAAUUUCCUCUUACUGCAUCAUGCCUGUUUGGAAGGAAGCCUACCUGUGAUAUUCGUAUUCAGCUUCCUCAAGUCUCCAAGGAGCAUUGCAGAAUUGACUUCAAUGAAAAUAAAGAGGUUAUAUUGACAAAUCUGAGCUCAGUGAAUCCAACCUGUGUCAAUGGAGAGGCUUUACAGCAGUCAGAGCGUUUGAAGCAUGGAGAUGUGAUAACCAUUAUUGACCGUUCUUUCAGGUUCGAGUAUCCUCCACCACCCACACCAAAGAAGAGGUCUUCCAUUGGAGGCAAAACUGAAACCCUCAAAGUUCUGCAAGAUCAGCAUGUAGGGGACACAGUCGCUAUUGAAAAAGGAGAAAAGAGGAUCUCUGAAGUGUCCAUAGACCCUCAUCUGAAAGAUGGAACCAACCAUGAAAACAUCCAGCGAGCCAUUGAGAAAACUGUGGAGGUGGAGUCCAAGGAGGAUGAUGGCCUGCUGCAAAGCAAGACCACUUCCCCCUUCAGUGAUCUGUAUCAAAUGAUCAAAAAAUCUCUUGAUGUCAAGACCCCUCGGAAAUCCUCCAGCAGUAAGUUUCAGACGCCUGCCUCGAAGAUUUGCACUCCAAAAUGUGGGACAGUCGAGAAAAAUGGUGAAAAACCUGCCAUUUCCACAGAAGACACCCCCAAGAAGGAUAAAGCUAAUGUCUCUCUUGGAGCUGAUGAAACUAAUGGGGAGGCUCAAAGUAUAAGUAAUGGGACCCCGAAGUCUGUUAAGAAGCAGAGGAGGUCCUCUCAGGUCCCUGCUGCUGAGAUGGCUAGACCUGUAGUUGAAGAAGUGGAACAUGCCAAGUCUGAAGCAAUUUCACCACAGAAGAGACGCAGUGCAACUCCCCAGAGGUCUACUAUCAGUGAGGUUAUUGAGCAAAUUUCUGCCCAAACAACUAAGUCCCCUAUGAGAAGGAGGAGCAAGGAGGCCACACCAGCUAAGGAACAAGAGAAGGCAAAGCCUGAAAAAGUGGAAGAGCCGUCCAAAAAACGCAAAAGUGGAGAACUGGCAACUGACUUGCCCAAACCACAAAUGAAGAAGAAACGAGUUUCCUUUGGAGGUUACCUGAGUCCUGAGUUAUUUGACAAAAAAAUGCCUCCUGACUCUCCAUUACGCAAGGGGGCCACUCCACGGAGAAGCUUGUGUCUCCCCAAACCCAAACAAUCUCUCCUUAGACGAGCAUCAGUCAUUGGCUUGCUCAAGGAGUUUGAGCAAGAGUAUGCAGAUAGUUCUGCAAACAUGACUCCAUCACCGAAGAAGAAGAAGAAGAAUGCUUCUCCUAAGACUCCAACACCUGGAAAGAAAUCACCAAAAUCUAGGUCCCCUUCUCCCAAGGCUGCAUCACCUGCAAAGAAGUCACCAAAAUCAAAUGCCUCCUCUCCCAAGGCUCAGUCACCUGCAAAGAAAUCGCCAAAACCCAGGACCCCUUCUCCAAAGGCUCCAACACCAGCAAAGAAUUCCCCCAAAUCAAAGACCUCCUCUCCCAAGGCUCAGUCACCUGGAAAGAAAUCACCAAAUUCCAAGAGUGCAUCCCCUGCUAGGGGAAGGUCUCCCUCCAAAACCAAAUUGGAGACUCCUACAGCAAAUGAACAGCCCAAAACCCCGCGCAGGUCUUCAACCCCAGGUCAGGUGGCUUGUAAAGAAACUCCCACUGGUAAGAGAAGGUCAAGCCUUACCCCUCAGGAAAAUACUGCCACUGUUGUAACACCAGCAAAAACCCCUUUGAACUCACAAGCCAACACCCCCACUGUGCAAGGGCGAUUCUCUGUGUCACGCAUCAACACCCCAUCACCAGUUGCAGAAGAUGCUGUUAUGGACCCAGUGCCUUCAGUCACUGUAACCCCUAAAAUACCCCUGAGGAGAAAGAGCAUGAAGAGCACCUCACGGAAGACUCCAAGCAUGGCAAAGAGCGCUGUAAAAGUAAUGCACAGAAGAAGUGGCAUUUCACGGGCAUCUAUGAAAGCCUUAAAUUCCUGGGCAGAUAUUGUCAAGUUUGGGCAAACCAAGGUCCAAGUGGCUGCUCCAGCUAAGCAAAUGGUCAACAAAAAGACUAAAAAGAAGAUUGUAUCCAAACCACAGACCCCUGCAAGAAAACUGAUCAGCCAUGUCAGCACCGGUCAUGCAGAUUCACCUGUUACCAUUCUGGUGGGCAGAGCUCACAAACAAAAGGUUGUACAUCCAACUGGUAAUGCACCAAGAGUGGUCACCAAUACUGCACUCUUUAAAAAGAACAUGAAAAUGGAUGAGGACUUGUCUGGAAUUUCUGAAAUGUUUAAAACACCUGCAAAUGAAAGGAAGAGGAGAUCUGUAAUAAAUGAGAACAGUGCCACCAAGACCCCAGUGGGAAGUCUGACUACAUCUGUAGUAGAACCAUCAGUGUUGAACACACCAGAGGAGCUAGGUGAAAUGAUGGUGUCUCCACUGAGUGUUGCAUCUACAGUCAAAGGAAGAAGAUACAACAGUGAGGCUGUCCAACGCCUCCUUAAUGGAAAUCAAGAAUCUAGCUUUGUCAGUGACACUUCUGCCCUGGAUAUUCACACUGAUGAUUCAAGUGAACAGCAGUGCACAGAUUUGAAGACCAUCUCUGUAACAACUCCCAAACAGAAGCCAGAACUACCAGAGUGUCCCACAGGAGUUAAGAGGAUCAUGAAGACCCCAAGACAGAAAGCUGAACCUGUAGAAGACAUCAGAGGGAAAGUUCUGAAAACACCUAAACAGAAGCCUGAACAACAGGAGUGUCUCACUGGAGUGAAGAGGAUCAUGAAGACCCCAAGACAGAAAGCUGAACCUGUGGAGGACAUUAGAGGGAAACUUCUGAAAACACCUAAACAGAAGCCUGAACAACAGGAGUGUCUCACUGGAGUGAAGAGGAUCAUGAAGACCCCAAGACAGAAGUCUGAAUCUGUAGAAGACAUCAGAGGGAAUCUUCUGAAAACACCUAAACAGAAACCUGAGCAACAAGAAUGUCUCACUGGAGUGAAGAGGGUUAUGAAGACCCCAGAACAGGAGGCUGAACCUCUUGAAGACAUACAAGGAGAACUUCUGAAAACUCCCACAGCUGCAGAAGUUGCUGAUGUGACUUUUGAUGUUGUUAAGGAACUGGAGACAGCAGCAUACGUGGAAGAAUCCGAAAACCUAUCUGAAAUGGCAGACAUGAAAACUCCAAACCUCAAGAGCUCCCCAUUGGUUUGCCUCUCUGGUAUCAAGAAGGUGAUGAAAACGCCCAGGGAGAAAAGUGCUCCAGUUGAAGAUAUGCUUGGCAUUGAGAGGCUCAUGAAAACUCCCAAAGAAAAAGGUGAACCUGUUGAGAACAGCUUUGGUAUCAAGAGACUCAUGAAGUCACCCAGACUGAAGGGUAACGCUCCAGUGGAAGACUUUGAAGGACUUCAAGAGCUCAUGGAGGAGCCACUGACUACUCCCACAGAACCAAUGGAAACAACUGAGGUUGAUGGGCCAUCAGAUGUGAUCCUUGAUGUCCCUCAAGUUGACAUGGCCAAGGGAGAUGUGAAUGAAGUUGUGUGCACCCAGUUGGAGGUGCCCAGUGUACAUAACGCAAAUGAAUCAUCAGAUGCCAAGGAAACUAUCCCACCGGCAGCUGUAGAGAAGUUACCAGAAGAACAACUUAAAACUGAGACAGCUACAUCCGAAGUUACGGAACUGGACACAAUCGCCACUGAUCCUGAUGAUCAGAAGAAACCUACUCGAGGCAGAAGGGCAACAACAAUUGAAUCUAAAGCAGCUGAGAAUAAACAGGAGGCCACAGAACAUUCUGAAGAUCCUGUUGUCCUUGCUCCAGUCAGAGGAAGAAGAGGGAAGAAAACCGAGUCAACUGCACCAACCGCUGUUAGACAAACUACAAGAAACAGAAACGCAAAGUCCACUGAAAGCAAGGAUGCUGAGCUCACACAGGAAGAAAGUGCCUCUCUGCCUUCCAAAGUCGCUCUUAAGCCUAAAAGAGGAAGAAAUGCCAAAAAAGCUUCUGAUGAUCAAGCUGAAAUGGUCCAAGAGGUUGCCACUGAAACCGAAAUGGUGCCAGAACCUGAGAGUGAACAGAGUCCCCCAGUUGAUGUCAACCACGCUGCAGAUGACAGUGAAGCACCACUGGAAAAAGCUGUCGUGAAGCCCAAGCGAGGAAGAAAAACGAAACAAGAAUCUGAACAAUGUCAAUCGGUGCCAGAGCAGCAAGAUGUGCCCUCUACUCACAGCGAAGAUGUUCUCCAAGCUGACAAGGCAAAAGAAGUGGAUGCAAAGGAAGUCAGUAGUGACCAGCUGGAGGUGGCGCCCAUUGAAAGUGAUGAAAGUAAAUCAUCAGAUGCCAUGGAAACUGUCACACAGGCACCUAAAACUGAAAGUUUGCCUGAAGUGGAGAUGGCAACUUGCACAGUCACAGAAACCGUCCAGAAGAAACCUGUUCGAGGCAGAAAGGCCAAACUGGUGGAAUCUAAAGCAGCUGAAGAUAACCAAGAGGCAGCAGAACAUUGUGAAGAUGCUGUUGACCCUGCUCCAGUCAGAGGAAGAAGAGGGAAGAGAACUACAGCUACUGCACAACCCGCUGUUAGAAAAACUACCAGGGGCAGAAAUGCUAAGUCUCAAGAAGGUACUACAGAUGAUCAACCUGAAAUGGUGCCAGAGGAAGCUGUGGAAACAAAACCAGUGACUGAGGUUUCACCGGAAGCUACACCUGACCAAACAGCAACAAAUGCCAGUCAAGAAGAAAACGAGUCUCCACCCCCUGAAAAGGAAGCUGUGUCGAAGCCCAGCAGGGGGAGAAGAGCUAAACCCACACCUGUCGAACCACCUCAAUCAGAACCAGAAGUGAGUGAACAGCCCGAACAGCCUGUUCCCACUGUUGGAAAAUCAAGAAGAGGGAGAAAGAGAAACCCUGAUACUGUUGAACAAAAUGAGGUGGUUGAAGACACAGUUGUUGCUGUGGAAACCAAGCAGCCGUCCCAACCUCCUGUCAGGGCUAAGAGGGGAAGAAAUGCCAAACAUGAAGAAGAAAAGGUAGAGGAUGAUGUCAAGACUACCUCAGUAGAGACUACUAAAUCCCAGGAGCCGGUUAAAAAGUCGAGGAGAACCAGAAAGGCUGAGCAAGACCACAUAGAAGCACAUGAAGAAGUCCAAACGGUUGAAACUCUUGUCCCAGAGGAGGCUGAAGCUCCACUUGCUACUGAACCAGUGAAGAUGAAUGAACAAGCGACCGUGGCUGCAAAACCCGGGCGAGGAGGGCGAAAAGCAAAACAAAAUGCUGAGAGCGUAACCCCUGUUGAAUCCACUGAGACCCAAGAGGUACCUGUUGUCAGCACCACAGACAAACCCAAGCGGGGUAGGAGGGUAAAACAAGUUGCUGAAGAGGUUAAUAUCACUGCUGAAGUACCAGAGGAAAAACCUGACCAUGAGCUGGAGACCGAGGAGAAGCAGCAAAAUGUUGAGUCAAACGCUGCUGUCGUUAAAACUAGUAGGGCAACAGGGGCGAAAACUUCUGCGAAAAAUGAGAUUUCACAAGCCGUUCCAGCCAAGCGAGCACGUCGCGGUGCAGCCCCUACCACUGAGGAGACCAAAACAGAAGAGUCUGCUCCGAUUUCAGUAGAACCGGCCAAAAAGGGAAGACGGGCAGCAGCAAAACCCACACAGCUCACUGAAGAUUCAAGCAAUGCUGUUGUGGAAGACACAAAAACGUCCAAAAAAUCCGUCAAGUGGCAAGGAGAUUUGAAAGUCUAUGAUAUAACGCCUGUAAAGGCAGUUCGCGGCAGGAAGUCAAAACUUGGCGGCCAAGAUGAUGCUGAAAGCAACAAGAUGUCACAGAAUGCCGACAAAACUGAAGAGAAGGAUCUCUCAGAUAAGGUUGUUGAAUCUCAGCCCGCCAAGAGAGCCAGACGAGGGGCAAAGGUCGCUGAUGUAACCACUGAGUCCACAAGCACAGUAAAGCCUAAGAAAGGUGAUACCGUGCAGGCUGCUGAAGCCGAGACACAGCCAAAAACCAGAAGAGGAAGAUCAGCAAAGAAAUAAGCAUUUGUAUAUAUUCUUAAUCAUAAUGGAUUUUUCCCUUUAAAAAGCCUUUUUGUAUGUGUUGUUUUUAGACUGUAAUGGGUUUUAGCAAGUAGUUUUAUAGACUGAAAAUUAAGCACUGCUUUUUUUCUUUUCAAUACAGCAGGGAAUUUUGUCUUAACCAUUUAUUUUUUUGAGAAGUUGUAUGUUUUUCAUUACAGAUAUUGCUGAUAUUUUAUGCUGAAAAAAGUGGUUAUUAAAUUUGUUUUGUAUAAUG